CCUGGCUACUUUGUGCAACUAGAAAAUCCCGACGGUCUGUUUUUGAAGAAAAGAACGAGGAUGCAUCGGUGGCUUUGCUGUUCGUGUCAGGUCGAGGAGAAUUACCAAUCGCGUGAAAACGAGCAUUUGAAGUGUAAUUCAGAUGGACAUCAAAAGAACUCAAAGGUGGUUUCUCCUAUCAAACCUGAAGAGCGAAAAUCGUCGUCACUUAUUGAAGUGCCUGCAUUAUCAUUAGAAGAACUGAAAGAAAAGACAGACAAUUUCAGAUCAAAUGCUUUAAUUGGGGAGGGUUCCUACGGAAGAGUUUAUUAUGCAAACUUGAAUGAUGGAAAAACUGUGGCUGUUAAAAAGCUUGAUGUUUCCACUGAGCCCAAUACUCUUUUGUCUUAGAUUUGUUUAUAUUCUGAUAUGUAAUUUGGGGUCUUUUACAAGAUGCUGAAGAGUGUUGGACACAACUUUUAUACACCCUUUCUCAGUCUCUUCGAUCAGCUGGUUCUAGGUAGGUUUCUUGUUCUUUGUCAUUUAGAUAUACUGAGUUAUACUUACUGGCAAAAUUUGGGCAAGUCCAUGGUGCCUUUAACAACUGAAACAACUGAAACAGUUUGAAGCUGUUGCUUUUGGUUUAUCAAACUUUUUCUUCAAAAUUAGGGAUCUCUUAUUUGGAGCAGUGUUACCCUGCAUAGUUCUUUUGCCACUGCAAUGCUUCUCUAGCAUAUAUCUUUCUAAUUUAGCAGCAAACAUCUCUUUUAGAAAAAAAAUUCUAAUCUCUCGCUGUCUUUUUUUUUUCUUUCUAUAGUGAAAAUGUAGAUACUGUAAAGGACCUUAUUGGUAUUGACCUUGCAAGCAGGUAGAUAUCUACAGAUUUGAUAGUCAUUUUUUUUUCUUUUUAAUAUGAUGACAUUACCUAGUUAGACAAUUUAUAUAUGCUGAUGCCAGUUUCUAUAACUGUUGAAGAAUUGUUGCUGCUAUUCAAAUUUUCAAAUACCACUAGUGCCGUUCAUGUAAGAAAUACAUGUAAAAGUAUAUCAUCUUUAUACCGAGGGAAAAGAUAAAGAAUUUCAAAUUUCAACUAGUCUAAACAAGCAAAACCAGAACAUCCUUCUACUUAUGCCUACAUCGAUAUAGUUUAUGCAGUUUUUAAGUUCAAAUAUGUAUUCCUUUUUGUCCUAGCCACUGUUCCAUGCAGUUUUCGUUACAAAUUAAUGAUUCAUCCUUCUGUAGCUUCAUUGGCUUCCAAAUGAAGAAUACUAUUUCUAAUCGUUAACGCAUUUAUUGUUAACAUGAGUUAAUAAUAUUUCUGUAUUUUGGGUGUUUGGUUGAUGAGAAAAUAUAAGAAAAUUUGGUAAAAGAUUUU